AUGAAGGGUCCAGCCAUUGGAGGGUCCAGCCAUUGGAUGGUCCCAGGAUGCAGCAUAAUGGAACGUCGGUCAGAGAGUUUUACUUCCUGGGGGUUCAUGGUUUCUCCAGAUCUGGAAUAUCUCCUAUUUGUGGUUGUCUUGGUGGUCUACAUGGCAGGGAUUGGGAUCAAUAGUUCUGUCAUUGCCAUCGUGAGGAUGGAUCAAAGCCUCCAGAAGCCCAUGUAUUUCUUCAUCGGUGUUUUCUCUUUCUUGGAGAUCUGGUAUCCCACGGUUACGGUUCCCGGGUUAUUGCGUGGAUUGCUGCUAAGAGUUAAAGGGAUAUCUGUUGGGUGCUGCAUAGCUCAGUUCUAUUUACACUUUUCUUUGGGGGCCACAGAAAACUUCCUUCUUGUGGUCAUGGCUUUUGACCGCUAUGUGGCCAUUUGUAGACCUUUACAUUACGUCUUCAUUAUGAGACCCAAGAUUUGUGUCCGAUGUGCCCUGGGGACCUGGAUUGGGGGCUUCGCAAGCAUUGCAAUUCCAUGUGUCCAAAUUUCGAAGGUGACAUUUUGUGGCCCAAAUGUGGUUGAGCAUUAUUAUUGUGACUUUGCACCUUUGAUACGUCUUGGAUGUUCCGAUACCUCCAGUCUGGAGACUCUCUUCAUGCUCACGUGUGCCCUUGUAAUAUUAAUAUGUUUCACGCUCAUUGUCAUCUCCUAUAUCUACAUUCUGAGGACAAUUCUGGUUCUGCCGAAAUCCUCAGGCCGUUCCAAAGCCUUCUACACUUGUGCCUCCCACCUGACUGUUGUCCUCAUAUUUUUUAUGGAACGAUUGCCUUCAUGUUUGUUCGACCAACAGGAAAAAGUGACCUUCACACCAAUAAGAUUGUCUCCGUAUUCCCAUCGGUGGUGA